CACGUGCAGUAGUCAUGGUUCAAGACGCACAGAGGUUUAUCAUAACUCCAGCAGUCGGGUGAGGAUGACUUGGAAGCCUCUGCAAGAUCCUGGAACAGAAACUGCAUUAAAUAAUGUAUUCUGAGGUAUACUGGAUACCUGAGGAAGGGCUCUAAAUAAUGCAUUUUCUGGGCACGACAGUUGUAGCAGAAGAGAAUGCUGAAACCUGUAGCAAGACUACAGCCUGAGAUGAAAGAAUGUCUCAUUACCAUUUUAUCAAAUGCUGCUGUUUCCAGCUAUGUAAUGUUUUUCGGUCCCAUGAGAUGGAAAUUGAGCAGUGCUUGCUAGAGUCCCUCCCUCUCGGCCAGAGGCAGCGGCUGGUGAAGCGGAUGCGCUGUGACCAAAUAAAGGCAUAUUACGAACGAGAAAAAGCUUUCCAGAAACGGGAGGGCUACGUGAAAAAACUGAAACAUGGAAAGAAUCAUCGAGUUCGUUUUAAUCUUGCUGAUAUGAUACAGGAUGCAAUCAUACGUCAUGAUGAUAAAGAAGUGCUACGGCUAUUGAAGGAUGGCGCUGACCCUCAUACGCUUGUUUCCUCAGGAGGCUCCUUGCUCCAUGUGUGUGCCCGCUAUGAUAAUGCAUUUGCUGCAGAAAUUCUAAUUGACAGAGGAGUAAAUGUAAAUCAUCAAGAUGAGGAUUUUUGGACAUCAAUGCAUAUAGCCUGUGCCUGUGAUAAUCCUGAUAUUGUCCUGCUACUGCUGCUAGCUGGAGCAAAUGUGCUGCUGCAAGACGUUAAUGGAAACAUUGCACUUGAUUAUGCCAUAGAAGGGACUGAAUCUAGCAGCAUCCUUCUGAUGUACUUGGAAGAAAAUGGUGUAGAGCUGAAUUCACUGCGCCAAAUGAAGAUACAGAGACCUAUGACGAUGCUUACAGAUGUCCGACAGCUCAUAUCAAGUGGAGGAAGCGUGAAUCAAAAGAAUGAUGAAGGAGUUACCCUGCUGCACGUGGCCUGCGCUAAUGGAUACAAGAACGUUGCAUCUCUGAUACUGGAUCAUGGGGCUGAUCUCAAUGCAGUGGAUAAUCAGUACUGGACACCCCUACAUUUAGCUGCAAAGUAUGGACAGACCAGCCUUGUGAAGCUGCUUUUGAUGCACUGGGCAAAUCCCAAUCUUCUUAACUGCAAUAAUGAAAAACCUUCAGAUGUUGCAGCUUCUGAGUUUAUUGAGGAAAUGCUUCUGAAGGCUGAAAUUGUUUGGGAGGAAAAAAUGAAAGACCCUUUAGCUGUUUCUACUUUAUCUCAAGAAGAGCCAUAUGAAGAGAUCAUCCAUGAUCUGCCCACAAUUUCCAAUAAACUCAAUCCCCUGGCUUUACCAAUUGCCAAGCAAGACAGUUUGCUGGAGAAAGACACCAUGUUUAAAGAUGCAGCUAAAGGCUUAUGUAAGCAACAAUCUCAAGACAGUGCAUCUGAAAAUGUCACUGUGAGCACUACAACCAAACUGGAACAGACCUACAUUGGUGAUAUACUGUUGCUUGUUAACCCAUUUAAAGAACUUCCUAUUUAUUCUACCAUGGUCACCCAGCUUUAUUUAAGUAACUCUGGAAAAUUGUGUUCCUCACUUCCCCCGCAUAUAUUUUCCUGUGCUGAAAGAGCUUACCACAUGCUAUUCCAGGAGCAGCGUCCCCAGUGCUUUAUCCUCAGUGGAGAAAGUGGUUCUGGGAAGUCUGAAGCCUGCAAACAGAUAGUGAAGCACCUCACUUGCAGAGCCAGCUCCAGCAGAAAUACCUUUGAUACAAAGAUAAAGCAUGUAAACUGUAUCUUGGAGGCCUUUGGACAUGCUAAGACACCCUUGAAUGAUUUUUCCAGCUGUUUUAUAAAAUAUUUUGAGCUACAGUUUUGCGAGAAGAAAAAAACAUUAAUAGCGGCUAGGAUUUAUACAUACAUGUUGGAGAAGUCUCGUGUCAUUAUGCAACCUCUCAAACAGAGUAAUUUUCAUGUUUUUUACUUGAUGAUGGAUGGGCUGUCUGCUGAAGAAAAAUACACCCUGUACCUCAGUAAUUUGUCUGCACACAGGUAUCUAAGCCAGACUGUACUGGAAGAGACGAUGUUAACAGCCAACCCUCAAAACAGGGAGAAGUUAGCCGUACUAAAACAAGCUCUAGGUGCUAUGGGAUUCAAUAGCUUGGAGGUGGAGAACCUGUUUGUAAUUCUCUCAGCAAUUCUGCAUCUUGGAGACAUUCGCUUUACGGCUCUGACAGACGCUGAGACAGCAUUUGUGUCAGACCUGCAGCUACUGGAACAAGUGGCAGGGAUGCUGCAGGUUUCACCAGAUGAGCUUGCUUCAGCCUUAACAACUGAUGUUCAGUAUUUUAAAGGAGACAUGAUUGUACGGAGGCACACUAUAGAGAUUGCAGAAUUUUACCGGGAUCUCUUGGCAAAAUCUCUGUAUGGUCGUUUAUUUAGCUUUUUAGUCAACACAAUCAACUGCUACCUUCAAAAUCAAGAUGAGACUGGCAGUGACCAGGUAUUUGAAAUUGGAGUACUGGAUAUUUUUGGAUUUGAAGAAUUUCAAAAGAAUACUUUCGAACAGCUGUGUGUCAACAUGACCAAUGAGAAGGUACACCAGUACAUCAAUGAAGUGCUUUUCCUACAAGAGCAAGCAGAAUGUGUACAAGAGGGAGUUGCCAUGGAAACGGUGUAUUCUCCUGGUAACCAUACUGCAGCCUUGGAUUUUUUCUUUCAGAAACCGUCAGGCUUUUUGUCAAUGCUGGAUGAAGAAAGCCAAUCUAUUUGGUCAGUGGAACAAAGUCUUUCUAAACGCAUUCAGUCUUACCUGGAUACAUCAGACACAAAUACAGUAUAUUCCUCCACAAAAGAUGGAAAUGGUAACCUUGCCCCAAAGGAUCAGGGCUCCACCUUCACUGUUAUGCAUUAUGCUGGGAGGGUUACUUACGAAAUUGCUGGUGCGAUAGAAAAAAAUAAAGAUUCCCUUUCACAAAAUCUCGUAUUUGUAAUGAAAACCAGUGAAAAUGUAGUCAUCAAUCAAUUGUUCCAGUCCAAGCUGACACAAACUGGAUCACUUGUUCCUCCAUAUCAUUCCCUUAAAAUCAAAGGGUGUAAAGCAGCUUUGCUGAGUAAAAAAACAUCAGUAGCCUGUGCAAGUGGAGAAGCAAAGAAAUAUAUUGAGCUCAGCAAGCUGUUGAAAAAGAAAGGAACAUCCUCAUUUCUUCAGAGACUGGAACGAGGGGGCCCAACCACUGUGGCAAUACAGCUCAGGAAAUCACUCACAGAUAUUAUUGGGAAGCUGCAGAACUGCACGCCACAUUCUGUUCGUUGUAUAAAGCCUAAUAACUCCAAGUUGCCAGAUACUUUUGACAAUUUUUAUGUGUCUGCUCAACUGCAGUACAUUGGUGUCCUAGACAUGGUCAAAAUCAUACGUCAUGGAUAUCCGAUACGUCUCUCUUUCACAGACUUCUUGUCAAGGUAUAAAGAUUUGGCUGAUACAGCAGCAGGAGAGAAGAAGAAGUUGUCUGCCAAGGAGAGAUGUCGUCUUGUUCUUCAGCAGUGUAAAUUACAAGGCUGGCAGAUAGGAGUCCGAAAAGUGUUUCUUAAGUACUGGCAAGCUGACCAUCUCAACGAUUUGUGCCUUCAGCUUCAGAAGAAAAUUAUAACCUGCCAAAAAGUUGUAAGAGGAUUUCUAGCUCGCCAGCGCUUGCUACAGAAGAUGAGCAUCAAACAGCAAGAGGUCACCUCAAUCAAAAGCUUCUUGCAGAACGCUGAGGAUAUGGGAUUGAAAACAUACGAUGCCUUGGUCAUUCAAAAUGCUUCUGACAUUGCUCGGGAAAAUGACCGGCUCCGCAAUGAGAUGAACACUGCUUACCACAGGGAAAAGUUAGAGGCUAGAAACAGACCAGAGGAAGGCCACAAAAGAGCUGAAGACAAGGGUGGGAAGGUCUCUGAGGACAGCUUUGCCGGCUGUCGAACGCCUAAGCACUUUCAUUCCAGCUCCGUCCCUGUCCCCAUGGCAGUGGACGGCUUGGUACAUUCUGCGGCUGGGUCAUCCAUCAGAUCCCCCUCCCUGCACUCUGUGUUCAGCAUGGACGAUAGCAAUAGCCUGCCAUCACCAAGGAAACAGCCUCCUCCCAAACCAAAGAGGGACCCCAACACACGACUGAGCGCUUCGUAUGAGGCUGUUAGUGCUUGCUUGUCGGCAGCUUCUAAGGAAACCGCUAAUGAAGUACUGACCCGUCCAAGGCCACACAGUGAUGACUAUAGUACCAUGAAAAAAAUACCUCCCAGAAAACCAAAACGAAGUCCCAAUACGAAACUUAGUGGCUCUUAUGAAGAAAUACCUGGCCAAAAGCCUGCGGAUGUAAAACAGGCAAGCACAGUAGCUAAACCAGGUGGCUAUGACACUGUGACAGUACAGAGAGCAGCUUCUGCUGAUGGGCCACAACAUGGUGUGUUGAGUCUCUAUAUGUCACAAGAAGAGGAGGAAAAUGAGCCUGUCUAUAUUGAAAUGGUAGGGAAUGCAAUGAAAAGCAGUUCUGCUGAAGCAGAAAGCCCAGAACAAGGAGAGUCUGUAUAUGAAGAAAUGAAGUAUUUUCUACCAGAAGAAGGAAGCAAUGGCAGUGGAAUAAUUCCGGUAGUGACUGGAUCUCCUCCUCUGUUGUUUGAAAGCAAAAAAAAUGUUAACGUUGAAGAUAGACCAUUGGAUGGAAACAGUCAAGCAGCUUUGAUUUAUAAAGACUCAUGUGACAUUCCAGCCCCUUUCCCUAAUUUGCUCCCUCACAGGCCACCACUUCUUGUAUUUCCUCCAACCCCUGUCACAUGUUCACCUGCUUCUGAUGAAUCACCUCUAACACCACUAGAAGUCAAAAAGCUUCCUGUCUUGGAAACCAACCUAAAAUACCCUGUGCAGUCAGAAGGCUCAAGUCCAUUAUCACCACAAUACUCCAAAAGCCAGAAAGGGGAGAAUGAAAGACCAGCAUCUCCAGGCUUGGUUGUGUUCAGUGUUUCCAGCAAAGUGACUCCUCCUUCCACACCACCUCCUUCUCUCCCACCACCCCCUCCUCCUGUACCACCUCCUAUUUCCUACCGGGCUUCCACACAUUUUGCAUUUCCUCCAGAGACUUGUGCUAGCUUUCUGAUUAAUACAGGGAAAACAGGUACAAACUCAGACCUGUCAAAAGUACCUCAGAGACCAAAUCCUGCUCAGCUUGGAUGCUCAUCUUCUCCAUUCUCCAAACUGCCUUACUCCCCAAAGUUGGCAAGAGCAGAUCACAGGAAAUUGAACUCAAAUUCGUCAUCUUCAUUUCCAUACAGCCCUACAAACUCAAGGUCAUUGACCAGUCCCCUUGAUGAGUUAACUAGCUUGUUCAACUCAGGACGGAGCGUGCUACGAAAAUCUGCAGCAGGACGUAAGAUCAGGGAGCCAGAAGGUAAGACAGAUCUCUCUGCUUCUGUAUAG